AUGCAAUCAAUUAACAUCUUGUUAUCUGUCUUUGCAUCUCUGGCCUUACGCUAUGGUGUUGAAGGAAUUGGAGUGAACUAUGGAUUUCUGGGUAACAAUCUACCACCACCAGCACAAGUGAUCAGUUUCUUGAAAUCCAAAAAUAUACAAAAAAUCCGAAUUUUUGACCCGAACCCGGACGUGUUAAAAGCACUAGAGAAUUCUGCCAUUUCAGUAAUUCUUGGUACUCGAAAUGAAGAUUUACAAGCACUUGCAAGUGAUCCAACUUUUGCAACAAAUUGGGUACAAAAUAACGUUAUUCCAUAUGCUUCUCUUCUUGAUUUUACACACAUUUCAGUAGGUAAUGAAGUGAUCCCAGGUCCAUUAGCAAGUUUUGUAUUAGGAGCCAUGCAAAAUCUGGACUCAGCAAUUAGAGCCUCUGGUUAUUACAUACCUGUUACAACAACAAUAUCGUUACAAGUUUUAGCAACCUCGUAUCCUCCUUCAAAUGGUGCGUUCUCCGAGGAGGCAGUUCAAUUUCUGCAGCCCAUUGCACAAUUUUUAGCCGCAAAAUAUUAUCCGUUACUGGCUAAUGUCUAUCCUUAUUUUGCUUAUUCUGGAAAUUCUGCUCAAAUUCAAUUAGACUACGCACUUUUUCUAAAUACGGCUCCAAUUGUAACUGACGGGGCUUUGCAAUACAAAAACUUGUUUGAUGCAAUGGUGGAUUCUCUGUAUGCUGCAUUGGAGAAAGUUGGAGAAACUACGGUGGAAGUUGUGGUUGCGGAAACAGGAUGGCCGAGUGUUGGCGAUGUUUAUGCAACUAUUGGGAAUGCUCAAACAUAUGUGAAUAAUUUGAUUUCACAUGUUUCAUCUGGACAGGGAACUCCUAGGAGGCCUGGAAAAGCUUUGGAGACGUAUAUUUUUGCUCUCUUUAACGAGAAUCAAAAGUCUGCUGGUGUAGAAGAAAAUUUUGGUUAA